AUGAUCUAUAAAACCCUCGUUCCUGAACCAAGCGUGCCUGACGUGGACGGCUCUGUUGCUGCCAGGUGUCAGCUCACCAGCUCGACCGUCUUCUACCGAUUUAAAGACAAUGACGUCAAUCUCUUCUUUGCCCUCCUCUUCCACACCAUAGCAGGCUUCUCGUCUCAAGCCAUUGUUUCCUCCCCUUCCUGCCUCUCUUCCUCCUCGCCAUCCUCCCUUCCUUCCUCCUCGCCUCCCACUGCACCCUCCACCAUCCAUCUCUCCCGUUUUGAUCUCUUCCACUGCCAUCUCUUCGCCGCCCACUCCUCUGGUCGUCUCGGUGCGCUGUUCCACGCCAAGGAGUAUCCUGCUUACUGCAGCGACUCCUUUCCAGUUAACCUUGGCUUCUGCCAAUCAGGCAAAAUCUGGGACUUCUAUCAGGCUGCCAGUAACCACUCAUUUCUUGCGUGUCGCGUCAAGAUGGCGCCAUCGAAGAUCCUUCUCCUUGGUCUCGGCCUCGCGGCACUGUUCGCCGUGGCGGUUGCCGACGGCGAUUCCGACGUCAUCACUCUGAACAAUGACAACUUCGACGACUAUGUCGGCAAGGAGGAGGCCGCGUUUGUCAAGUUCUACGCUCCUUGGUGUGGUCACUGCAAGAAGCUGGCCCCAGAGUAUGAGACCUUCGCCACCGCGUUCAAGAAGACCAAGUCUGUCGUCAUCGCCAAGGUGGACUGCGACGAGCACAAGGAUUUGUGCAGCAAGUACGGUGUGAGCGGCUUUCCCACGCUCAAGUGGUUCCCGGCUGGCAAGUCCAAGCCUGAAGACUAUAAAGGCGGACGAGAGGUAUCGGAUCUGGUCGAGUUUGUCAACGAGAAGAUCGGGACACACGUGAAGAUCGCUGCGCCUGUGUCGCAUGUGCUUGCACUGGACCCGUCCAACUUCGACAAGGUGGUUCUUGACACCUCCAAGCACGCUCUCGUCGAGUUCUACGCUCCUUGGUGCGGCCACUGCAAGUCUCUUGCUCCUACGUACGACAAGCUGGGAGCGGUGUUCAAGGCGGACAAGAACGUGGUCAUCGCCAAGGUGGAUGCUGACUCGCACCGCUCCCUGGGCGAGAAGUACGGUGUGUCGGGUUUCCCCACGAUCAAGUGGUUCCCGGCGGGCAACAAGGACGGCGAGGAUUACAACGAGGGCCGGGACCUGGCGGACUUCGUCAAAUUCAUCAACGAGAAGACCGGCACCAGCAGGACCGUCUCUGGCAGCCUCCUCGAGACGGCGGGCCGCAUUGCGGAGCUGGACGAGAUUGCCACUGCCUUCGCUGCUGCGAAGGAGGGUGAUUGGGCGGGUCUCAAGGCAAAGGCCGAGGCAGUGAAGGUGGCAGACGACAAGGCCAAGCAUGCUGCGAUCUACGUGAAGACCAUGAAGAACAUCAUUGAGAAGGGAACUGACUAUGCAGAGAAGGAGGCGGCUCGCCUCACCCGCGUGCUCGCAGGGUCCCUCAAGCCAGAGAAGGCCGAUGACUUCACCAUCCGCAAGAACAUUCUUUCUGCUUUUGUUCAGACCAAGUAG